GCCCAACGACUUGAUCGAGACACAACCCUCCUAUUACAUGGCAGUGACUCCGAUCUCUACUUCUCCGACGCCUCACCCAUUACCCACAACGUGUUCUUCCCUUCACGCACACACGCACACACACUCACACACAACGAAAGAUUCAAAAGAUCGCCGUACACUUCUUCCGUCAACUACUGUACUUGCUCUUUUCAUUUUUAGACUCUCCAGAACAGCGUCGCGUGCUUCUACACUUCUCUCCUUGGCUCAUCAAUCAUUAAAAAGGGAGGCUACACCGCCGAAGCACUUGAUGCAAAAGAAGGGCAAGUGCAGCCUUUUUCUUGUAUUCCUGAAUACGUUUUUGUCUCUGCUUUUGCUUUCACGUCUUCGCAGUUCGGUAUAUACUCUUUGUUCUAUCUUCUCUUGCUAUUCUUCACGCGUGAAGGCACUCGCCGCACCUCAUUGUUUCUAAAUUUAGAUAUUUUUCUUUUCUACUAGAUCUUUUCUGUUUGCUUGCUUGCGUUUUCUCUCAGUACGUUCUCAGGUUUUAUUUAGUCCCAUCAUCAUCACACUCUCUUCUCCGACUGUUUUUUUUUUCUUCCUUUUAAAUUGUUAGUUAAGGUGAGACAGCGUCCCUAACAACUUCUUUGUCAUUUGUACUCUUUACUUGUCUGUGCCACGCUGUACGCGUUAAUAUAUAUUUAUUUCUUCUGCCUUUUUUUCUUCCGUGCUUUACACUCUUUUCUCAAUAGCGGUUCUCUGGAGGUAAUAAAUAGAGAAGUAAUAUAUAUAUAUAUUUAUUUAUUUCAUUUCAUUCUCAAAGCGUGCAGGUUUUUUUUUUUUGGUCUUCUCUUUGAAGGUACGCUGCGUCGCCUCUGCGCCAACUCGCCACCGUUCGUGUGCACCGUUUCCCCCUUCGCUGUACCCCGCAAACGGAAGAUAGAUUUGAGAGAACCAAAGGAACAUGGAGUUCAAGCGGUGUAACUCCUCGCGCGGUCCGCUGUCGUCUGCGCGCGGGGCGCAAACAGCGAAGACGAACGGCAGCAACACCGCCGGCACUCCGUUGCGUUCUACCACGCCUCUCAAGAAGGUGUCCGCGCGUGGUGUUCCCCCGCCGGUUCCUAGCGCCUCAACGCCCGGGCUGCCGCCCCGCGCCGUCGGUCCGGUGUCGCCGCGGGGGACACGCCCAAGAGCGGCAGAUGGCAGCGCCCGCAGCUCCUUUCAGCGCACCAACUCCGCGGCCGCUGUCGCCUCUCCACAGAAGUCUGCCCCAGCAGCCUUUGAGCGCAGCGGGUCGUCCACUGGCACUAAAGGCGGCUUUAAACGCACCAACACGGCAGCGGGCAUACGCCGUGCUGAGGUCAUAAAGCACAACAACCGCGUCAACGUGUAUGUGCGCGUGCGUGCGUUCCGCGACGACGAGAAGAGCGGCGAGCUGAGCCAGCUUGCGGUGAACAUGGACAACGACGCGGUGGAGGUGACGGUGCCGAAGAAGGGCCGCUUCACCUUCGGGUUCGACGGGUGCUUCUGGAGCAACGACCGCGCGUGUCCGUCCGGCAAGACGUCGUCGUCGCAGGAGGACGUGUUCGAGGAGGUGGGCCGGCCGCUCGUGGAGAACGCGCUGGCGGGCUACAACGCUGCGGUGAUGGCGUACGGGCAGACGGGCAGCGGCAAGACGUACACGGCGUUCGGGCCGCCGGGGUCGAUCGGGACGUCGCAGGAGGGCCUCAUCCCGCGCGUGUGCAACAUGAUCUUCGCGCGUGCGGCGAACAGCGCGCAGAAGGGCGUGACGUACACGGUGUCCGCGUCGAUGCUGGAGGUGUACCUGGAGGACGUGUUCGACCUGCUGAACCACCGCAAGGAGCUGAGCGUGCGGAACGACUUCACGAGCAACACGUUCAGCGUUGUGGGGCAGAAGACGGUGCUGGUGAAGAGCUACAAGGACGUGCUGGCUGUGCUGAACAAGGCGGAGCCGCUGCGCACCUUCGCCGCGACGAACAUCCACGACCACUCGUCGCGCGCGCACACGCUGUUCCUGCUGGAGGUGCAGACGCACUUCGACGCGCCGGACCUUGCGCCGCGCUGUGCGCGGAUCCUGCUGGCGGACCUUGCCGGGUGCGAGCGCAUCAAGCUCGCGGGGACGGAGGAGGGGCUGGCGUUCGAGCAGGCGCGCAACAUCAACCUGUCGCUGCUGGCGCUGGGCUCGUGCAUCGAGGCUGUCGCGACGCGCGGGCGCGGCAACGCGCGGCCCGUGCCGGAGUUCCGCAACAGCACGCUGACGAAGCUGCUGAAGGACUACAUCGGCGGCAACAGCAUCUCGACGAUGAUGGUGACCAUCUCGCCGAGCGAGCGCGACGCGAACCUGUCGGUGCAGACGCUGCGCUUCGCCGACCGCGCGAAGCAGAUCACGACGUACGCGAAGGUGAACACGGUGGACCCGGAGCAGGCGAAGCAGGACGGGUCGGACAUGAGCGACCGGUGGCGCGACGAGUACCUGCGCAAGAAGGAGGCGCUGUACGCGGAGUACCAGCUGAAGGGAACGAUCGAGAAGCUUGUGACACGCAUCGCGGACCUGGAGGAGAAGCUGCGCGAGUCGCCGGACGACGAGCUUGCGGUGCACCUGACGACGGAGAUUGAGGAGCUGCAGAAGGCGCUGACGGAGGCGGACUACCAGAUGGGGCUGCAGCGGCAGAUCCUGUACGGCGAGUUCCUGAUGCUGGAGGACGAGCUGCGCGAGAUGAACACGAAGAUGCAGGAGAUGAAGGAGGAGCACGAGGAGGCGCUGGAGGGCCUGCUUGGCGAGGAGGCCGGGCGGUACGAGGAGAUGAAGCGCGGGUACGAGGUGCGGCUGCGCGCGCUGCAGGACGAGAGCGACGCCGCGCGCACGGCGGCGGACGACGAGAUCGCCGCGCUGAAGCGCCUCGUUGCGGAGCUGCGCGAGAAGCUGGCCGCGAAGGAGGCGGAGUGCGCAGCGCUGGAGCGCGAGAUGGCGGCGCUGCAGGCGAAGUACGACCGUGACACGGCCGCCGCGGCGCACACGCGUGGCGAGCUCGAGGAACAACUGGAGGCACUGCAGGCGGCGCACGAGCAGCACACGGCGGCUGCGGCGACGGCGGAGGCGGCCGCUGCGUCGACGAUCGCUGAGCUGCGCGAGGCGGUGGAGGGGCUGCGCACGCUGCACGCGACGUCGGAGGAGAAGGCGUGUGUGCAGGUAGCGCAGCUGGAGGAGACCUCGACGGAGCUGCAGCGCUGCAUCGAGGAGCGCGACAACCAGCUUGCGGCUGUGGAGGCGCAGCUGGGGCACACGGAGGAGCAGGUGUGCACGCUGACGCAGCGCAUGGCGGCGGCGACGAGCGCGGCGGAGCAGAAGGAGGCGGAGCUGGUGCGUGAGGUGGAGGCCCUGCAGUCGACGCUGAAGCAGCUGCACGAGGACAUGGAGAGCACCGAGGCGGCGCACGCGGAUCGCAGCGCGAAGCAGCAGAACGAACACGCCGCAACACAGCAACAAUUAUGGGAGACCGAGGACGACCUCCGCGAUACGCAGGCCAAACUAACGCACAGCGAAGCCACUCUUGCCGAGACACAGG